AUGGAGGCUCGAGGACUCAAGGUCAACGUCAAGGUCAUGGGAAGCAUGGAAGAGAUCGUCAAGGAGAAGGGGACGCGCCGCGAGGCCGACCUUGCCGCUCGGGACGGCCAGACAUCGCCGCCCAUCUCCACCGGCACUGCCGCCCUACCACUACACCUGAGGAUGACGGCCCUGUCGCCCUACCUGCGUCGACACUACCGCCCCACUGUCAACGCGGCCAAACUCGAUCCCCUAGCCCCGCACCUCGCUGCUCCCGCCACAGCUAGCGCGCCCAUCAUCCGCUCGCCGCACGCGCCACACGCCCAGCAAGGCCCCCAUCGUCUUCCACCUCCAAUCGCCAGGCUCCUCCCUGCGCUGUGCCUCCGCCCGGCCGAACACGCUGCAACUCACCGGCCGCCGCCCAGCCACCUCACUCCGGCUGCCCCUCCGCCUCGUGCCCACUCGCCCAGCAGCACCCGCCCGCACCAACAAGGCCGCCCGCCCCUGCUCCAUCCAUGCGCAGCUCGCCGCAAGGCCCACCCCCCACCACGCCACCAGCACGCCCGCAGCGCCCCAAUCCCACUUCGCUCCACUGCCCCCAUCUGGUUCCGCACGCGCAGGCCACAAGCGCAGCAGCGCCUCCACUACGUGGCCAAGCCCCACUCACGCGCUUCAGCCAAUCCUCUGCUCAGCUUGCUCCUCACCCGCGCGCCAGCAGCUCCAUCUCCGCUCUCGCUCGAAACCGGAGCAAACCGGGCGGCACACCGGGCCACCCGGUUGAAACCGGAGCCUGGACCGGUGCCAACCGGCACAUUCCAGGGGCUCUGCCCAAUUUUCGUCCAGUUUUGA